CUCUCAGGCGACUUGGGAAUAGCUGUGGGCAGGGAGGCUCUGCACUCUUAGUCCGCGAAAGUCCGCUGGAGAAAGCGCUCGCAAAACCUUGCAUGUCACUCUCCGGGGUGCCGAGAAUCUCAGUCGACUUUCAAAGGGACAUCUGAGAUUUUUUCGAAAACUUUUUCUUUUGGAGAAAUUACAGUUUGACGCUUUAUUUUACUUUAUUCUUUAAAGACAACUUUUAAUAACUUAGUAUUUUGCAACAAAAAAUACUCUAACAAAACCGAAGAAGUUUUUUUUCCCGUUUUUUUUUCUCAGCCGUCAUUUUUUAGAGCCUCGGUUUAUUUCUUCUGUACUUGUGCAUCCCAUCAUUUUUUCGCAUGAAUCUACUCGAUCCAUUUCUGAAAAUGUCAGACGAGCAAGAUAAGUGCCUUUCUGACGCCCCCAGCCCGAGCAUGUCGGAGGACUCCGCGGGAUCCCCUUGCCCGUCCGGAUCUGGCUCCGACACAGAGAACACCCGACCCUCCGAGAACGGCAUGAUGGGACCCGACGGUCAGAGGGGUGACUUCAAGAAGGACGAGGAAGACAAAUUCCCCUUGUGCAUCCGAGAGGCGGUGUCCCAGGUGCUGAAGGGCUACGACUGGACUCUGGUCCCGAUGCCCGUCAGGGUGAACGGCACCAGCAAGAACAAACCGCACGUCAAGAGACCGAUGAACGCCUUCAUGGUGUGGGCGCAGGCUGCCCGAAGGAAGCUGGCGGACCAGUAUCCACACCUACACAACGCGGAGCUCAGCAAGACUUUGGGCAAACUUUGGAGGUUGCUCAACGAGGGGGAAAAGCGCCCGUUCGUGGAGGAGGCUGAGCGCCUCCGGGUGCAGCACAAGAAGGAUCACCCUGACUACAAAUACCAGCCGCGGCGCAGGAAGUCAGUGAAGAGCGGCCAGGGCGAGGCGGAGGACGGCGUGGAGCAGACGCACAUCUCCCCCAACGCGAUCUUUAAGGCGCUGCAGCAGGCGGACUCGCCCGCCUCCAGCAUGGACGAAGUGCACUCUCCCGGAGAGCACUCCGGCCAGUCCCAGGGGCCCCCCACACCCCCCACCACCCCAAAAACAGAUGUGCAGACUGGCAAGGUUGACCUGAAGAGGGAGGGGCGCCCCCUGCAGGAGGGGGCCGGCCGUCAGCUCAACAUCGACUUCCGGGAUGUAGACAUUGGCGAGCUGAGCAACGACGUCAUCUCCCACAUCGAGACCUUCGACGUCAACGAGUUCGACCAGUACCUCCCUCCCAACGGUCAUCCCGGGGCGCCAGUCAGCGGCGCGGGCCAUGGGGCUGGGGCUGCAGUCUCGUACGGGGGCAGCUACAGCAUGGCUGCCACACCCCCGGCCUCCCAGACCGGCUCGACAGGCAGCGGGGGCAGUGGACAUGGCUGGAUGUCCAAGCAGCAGCAGCAGCAGCAGCAGCAUCCCCUGCCCAGCCUGGGCGGGGACCAGGGGCAAACCCAGCAGAGGGCUCCACACAUCAAGACGGAGCAGCUAAGUCCCAGCCACUACAGCGAGCAGCCAGGCUCCCCCCAGCACGUCAGCUAUGGCUCCUUCAGUCUACAGCACUACACCACCUAUCCCGCCAUCACACGCUCCCAGUAUGACUACUCCGACCACCAGGGCGGCGCUACCGGCAGCAGCACCUACUACAGCCACGCCUCCGGCCAAGGCUCCGGCCUCUACUCCACCUUCAGCUACAUGAGCCCCGGGCAGAGACCCAUGUACACCCCCAUCGCAGACAGCGCCGGUGUGCCCUCUGUAGGCCAGACGACCCACAGCCCCCAGCACUGGGAGCAGCAGCCUGUCUACACCCAGCUGUCCAGGCCCUGAGCUUAAAGGGACCCCCCCCAAACCCACACCCCACAUUGCCCCCACCUGCCCUCCAAAGUGGGGAGAGAUGCUUCAGACCUGAACACGGGACGCUGGACUCGAACACUGAGAAUAAUGGCUCACGCGUGCCUUUUUUUUACACUCAGAGUUGUGAUUAUAUAUUUUUAGCCAUAAUUACAAAAAAAAAAUCUUAAAGACUCCUCUGUGAGGAUAUAUUAAUUAUGAAUAUUUUAGUAUGUACUGUGUAUGUUUCUUCCACUUUGACGGUUUAUUCUGGGAGAUUUUUCCCGUGUUUGUAGGUAAUAACUUGGUUCCAUCCCUCCUCGUAGGGCAGUUUGAUUAAACCCUUGUUAAAGCUCCGUGUGUAGAAGGUUCCAGAAUGGUGAAGCCUGUGCGGAUUUGGAGAAUCACAGCUAAGUUAGUGUAGCCUUUGGGUCCAUUCGCCGGCCCCCUUCACAGCUGUAGUCUUUUAACCCAUUUAAUUUAUUAGCAUUAAUUUUAUUAUAAAGUAAUUAUUUGCAUUUUGUUUCUUUAAUACAGCCGAAUACAACUAAAAGAUCCUGCCCUUCUGAAUAUAAAAGUUUAUUUGCCAUUAUGUUUCCUGUCAGAAGGGGGUACUUGUUUAAAUAUGGUACAAAUUGUAACCAUCUUGUUUAUUUAUCGUUUGUAAAUGCGCCUAUUUUAAAUCUGUAUUUGCUCUCUCUUGGUAUCUAGUUGUGUACAGAUUACUUUUGAUUGUGAAACCUUGAUUUGAACUUUUCUUUUUUUUGUUAAAGAAAAACUGGAAUAGUUGUUCUUUCAUGCAGAUCAUGGCAAGAGGAAUGAAGAUGGUAGAUUUCCUUUUUCUCAGAGUAACAAGCCUUUUUACUUAAAGGACUUUUCUUAUUUCUAUGACCUAUUUUAGUACUGAUUUUGACGAAUUUCUAAUACGGCUGAACGAAACCUUGUUUUCUUAGAUGACUUUAAUACGUUACUGCCUUUUGAAGAAGCUUAUCUUUUGUAUAAUAUUGUUUGCAAUAAAAGAGAAAAUGUAUUGGGGAUAAAACAAA